AUUUAUAGUUCUGUUCUGGUCGAGCUUGUCUUACUACGACAAUUUCUUUCUCAUUUCCCUCGUCCUAUGUCCGCGUAUUCUGUAAAGUGAUUGCGCCACGUCGUUAUCAGACCGAUAAGCAAUUAAAUAACUUAUCUUAUGUUUUUCGGUGGUUUUGACAAAAAAAAGUGCCUUAAAAAUUGCCAAAUUGCUUUAAAUCAGCAUGAAUGGCUUAUAAAAAUAAACCUAAUAUCUCAACCAAUAACAAUAAUAAUAAUAGUUUCAUUAAAUAUUCAAAGGCCAAGGGUUCAAUGUGUUUAAAAGUGACUGACACAAUAAUGUGAUAUUAAGUGCAAUUUAUAUUUAAAGAAUGGGUAGCAAUGUGGAUGAAAAUUCAACUUACAUAAAUGCUUGUAGAUCAAGUGCAAUAAAUUUUCACGAAAGUUCCAGUUCGAGUAGUAGUUCUAGCGAAAAAUGUUCGAUAUGUUUAUCACAGCAGCUUUCGAUGUGUAGUUCUAGUGAAGAAGAAGAUGUGAUCCUAAAACGAUUUCGGGCUAAAAUUAAAAGGUUUGGCCGCAGAAGAAUAUCUGUUAAAGUUGCGAGAGUGGAUGGAAUGGAACUGGAGACCCUUUAUCAAAGAUACUGUAUAAGACUGAAACAUGCACUGUUUCUCUCCGGGCUGACUGUAUCCACUAUCGUGUCUGUAGGCAUAUUAGUUGCCGCAUGCGUAUUACAUGAUGAUCAGAGUAUCCUACCAAUAACGGUGAUGUCAAUGGUGACAUUUUCGCUGCUGGCCAUCUUGAUGGCAUCCCAAUUUCCCCUUAUCCUGGAAUCGGAAGCGUGGGCGCUCAUGUCGUCACUUGUUAUCACCGCUUCUGCUGCCACUGGCAUGCUGCUUCUCGCUGGUAGACAUGCUCCACUACCCCUAUUCGCUUUACUAAUAGUAAUACACACCAUGUUACCACUAUCAAGGACAGUAGCUCUCGCCUUAGCUACUAUAGUAACAGUAGCACAUCUAGCGACCUCCAUAGCCCACAGGCUUCAUAGGGAUGACGAUGCUGACUUCUUACAGCUGAUCCCAGAGAUUGUUAUUCUGAUAACGGGUAGUGCCACAGGCCUUUACUAUCGCCACCUAACGGAGGAAGCACACAGGAGGACAUUUGUCGGCACCAGAACUUGUAUAGAAUCAAGAGUCAAAUUGGAAUGUGAAAAGGGACAGCAGGAGCAAUUAUUGUUGAGUGUGAUCCCGGCAUAUAUUGCUGCUGAGGUAAAACGCAGCAUUAUGCUUAAAAUGGCGGAUGCCUGUUCGGAACACAAAACCCAAACGUUUCAUGAGAUGUACGUUCAGAGGCAUAACAACGUUUCGAUUUUGUAUGCUGACAUCGUUAACUUUACCCCGUUAAGUGAGCAAUUAUCUGCCAGCGAUUUGGUGAAGACUCUCAAUGAAUUGUUUGGACGAUUUGAUCAAAUUGCACAGGACAACCAAUGCAUGCGAAUAAAAAUCCUAGGCGACUGCUACUACUGCGUCUCGGGUCUUCCAAUAUCCCGACCGAACCACGCUUACAAUUGCGUUAACAUGGGCCUCCAAAUGAUAGAAGCUAUUAGAUUUGUUCGUGAAGCAACUGGAUUCAACGUUGACAUGAGAAUUGGCAUCCACACAGGCAACGUCCUUUGUGGUGUCCUUGGACUAAGAAAAUGGCAGUUUGACGUUUGGAGCGAUGACGUCACCCUUGCCAAUCAUAUGGAAAGUGGAGGCAUAGCCGGGAGAGUUCACGUAACUAGAGCUACAUUAAAUCAGCUAGGAGAUAAAUUUGAAUAUGAAGCAGGUGAUGGUGGAAGCAGAGAUAGUUACCUGUCUGAUCAUAAAAUUGAAACCUUUUUGAUUGUCCCACCAAAGAAAAUUGACGAGAGUCUUCAAAACGGUAACUUGAAGCCGAGCCCUAAUGAUGAAAGGAAUAACAGCAUUGGCAGCAAUUCACUUCAAGGAAAUGCCAGUCCAGGCGGGCCACCAACCAGAAAUAGGCCAUCCAGUAAAAUGACUAAAUAUGUUGAAUGCUGGGGAGCUGAUAAGCCAUUUGCCAAUAUUGCUGAAUCUACUUUGGCAAAAAAUAUUGAAUUGACGUCGCCAACCUAUCUUCAGACUUUAGGGAUGAUCGAAUCAAACCUGCUGCCUGACAGGUCGACGUGCCUCGAAUGCAAGAAGUGGUGGCAUUCGGAGGACUUAAAUCCCGCGGUGUUGUGGUUUAGGAACAGGAAGCACGAGAGAGAGUACAGGAGUCAGCCAGAUUCGGAAUUUCGGUGUUAUAUCGCGUGCGCUUCACUUAUUUUUGUCGCAAUGUGUAUCAUGCAAAUCACGACCGUUCCCAAGAGCAUAGUACUUUACGGAACAAUCUCACCAACUCUAGUGGUACUCCUGAUAUUUGUCUAUCUUUGUUGGCUGGAUGGUUGCUGUGGACCUCGUCCGCCUUCAGACACUCCUUCAGAUGAACCAGGAGCUUGUAGCCCUCCAGGUCAGAUUGUGGCCGAGAGCAGAUGCUUAAGGCUGUCAAUAUUUUUGGUCAGCGUUACUUUAAUAUCUGCUUGUGCCGUUGUGACAUUGGUGGAUUAUGAGCCGGUAAAUAACCCAACUAUAGUGGCAACCACCACCCAACGGAUUGAUAACCUAAACGGUACUAAUAGCAGUAAUCUAACAGAACCCAAUAUCACUCAAAUUUAUUAUGAAUCGGAAAUUAUGAAAUAUGUACCAACAUAUCUCUAUAGUUCAGCACUAGUCUUAGCCGCAAUAUCAGUAUUUCUACGUAUGGGAUUCUUAUUAAAGCUCUGCCUUAUGGUCACUUCAGUAAUUGUACAUAUCUUGAUCUACAGUUAUUUGGAAUUUUUCCAAACCUAUCACGCUUUGGACUAUCACGAAGAUAAAUUUCCAGGUCUUCCAUUCGAAAUGAAAACAGCACUAGUACUCGUAAUGGUUGUUAUAUUUUUUCACAUUCUUGACAGGCAAAUUGAGUUCACUUCGCGCACAGAUUAUUUAUGGAAAGCCAAGCUUAAAGUUGAACAAGAGGAAGUAGAAACUAUGAGAGGAAUCAACAAGAUUCUUCUGGAAAAUAUUCUUCCUGCUCACGUAGCAGAGCAUUUCUUAUCGACUCGCUUGACUACCGAUUUGUAUCACGAAAGAUAUUCGUGUGUGGCUGUGAUGUUCGCUUCCAUACCAAACUACAAGGAGUUUUAUGAUGAAAGCGAUGUUAACAAGCAAGGGUUGGAAUGUUUGAGACUUUUGAAUGAGAUUAUUUGUGAAUUCGACAAGCUUUUACUGAAACCGAAAUUUAGCUGCAUAGAAAAAAUUAAAACUAUAGGGAGCACCUACAUGUUAGCUUCUGGACUAAGGCCUGGAAAGGAAGAAAAUAAUGCUGAAGCAACAAGGAAAGCCGAACAUAUCAUAAUCGCCCUAGUGGACUUCGCAAUCUGUCUUAUGACAAGCUUAGAGCAGAUUAAUAGGGAUGCAUUCCAGAGGUUCAAGCUUAGAUUUGGUUUACAUCAUGGUCCAGUAAUAGCAGGUGUAGUAGGUGCUCAAAAACCCCAAUACGAUAUAUGGGGUAAUACAGUAAAUGUGGCUUCCAGAAUGGACUCCUGUGGUAUAAUGGGGCGAAUCCAAGUUACCGAAGAUACGGCGGAAAUCCUAAAAAACGCCGGGUAUUCUUGUGAAUGUCGAGGUCCCACAUUCGUUAAGGGAAAAGGGACGCUUACCACUUAUUUUGUUAAAACCUCCUUCGAUGAGAAGCAAUAAGUGUUUCCUAUUUCAAUAUGGCCUAUAUGGUUUUUGUGGUAACUUUCACGUAGAUUUUAGGUUCAAAUCUCUAACGCUAAGCGGCACGUAUUGUAAUUAUAUUCUCAUGAUGUGUUAAUUAAAUUUUAAAAUGUAUUUAAAAAUGCAUUUUUUUAGUCAUUUCUGUAAAUAUUAUAUUAUAGCUUGAAUAGAGAAUUUUUAUAGAUUUAUUUGUAGUUUAAACAGUGUGAUUAGAAUAGAAUAUUAAAUUAAGUCUUAAAUAAAAUUUUAUUAGGAUUCUAGUAAAGUUAUAAUAAUAAAAAAAUACAUAUUCAGGUUAAUCUU